AUGCCUUAUAUUCCACCGACUCCGCUCAAAGAAGCCAACACCGCGAGUAGCGGAAGCAGCGGCGACUCCACACCCGGCAUAAUCGAUCUCAGACUGAAAGUUUUACAGGAUCUCAAUCUACCGCCAGGAGAUGCAGAUAGCAUAUUAUCUGCGGUUGAUGUGAAUACAGACUACAGGCCUAGUCGGCCAAAGGAUAAGCAUGCGCGCGACUUUGAUCUGCUGGAUUCUGAGCUGAGUGAUCUCCGAGACAAGCUAUGUAUUCUUGCUUACAAAGAGAGGAUACGUUCGGAAACCAGGACCGUUGAUGCCCCAGUGGAAAAGGCUGCCACAAUUGAUCCAUCUGCUGAGGCGGACUUUCAAAGUGCCUCAAGAGGAGAUCACAGCGACUCGCACUCGGAGAGCGAGUAUGUAGAUGCGCCUGAUUACAGCUCAGCCGACGUCAGCACUGUGCUCUCAGAUAUAAUAAACGGACCUGCUCUGUCCGCCACAGCUAUGCAGCAAAAGCAGCAGGCAAUUGAAGCAUUUUUUUGCUCAAAAGAAGAACACAGCAACUCGCAAUCGGAGAGCGGGUCUGUAUAUGCGUCUCAGGACAGCUCAGCAGACGUCAGUACUGUGAUUUCAGACUCAGUCCACUCUAUACUGGAGAAAGCUAAGCGAGCAAACAGCGUGGAGCUUUCCCCCUCUACUAUGCAGCAAAAGCAGCAGAUCCUUGAAGCAUAUUUUCGAUCACAAGACUCAAGGACUCGCCCGGGCACGUCUCCUCCUAUUUCGGCGAACAGCACACAGGAGAAAAUCUCAUCCAAAGCCAGUUCUGCGAGACGGGCUUCAGCUCGCUUGGUUCAAGAGCAACAUACAAGAGCAAAGAUGCCGACUCCUCCUCCUACUUUGGAGGACGAGGUACGGCAAAUGCUCGACCGCUCUGCUCAAUCAUACAGAUUCAAAAAAGCAUCUCCUCUUGCGUCAGCGGAGAUGAAUACCAUUCAACAAAGCUCGAUCACUCCUGCUCUCAGAGCGCACAGGUGGAAGAACGUUUUGAGAGAGAACAAAAAUUUAACAGCAUCUACCUCUGCGUCUGCCUCAAACUCCUCUUCCGACUUUCGAAUCAGGAAUGUCAAUGCCCCCCCCCCCCCCCCCCCCCCGUACCACAGGAAAGCGGCAGAACCAGUUACGAGCGAUAUCGUCAGGCUGCACCGGUGA